AUGACAGAUACCAAUAUCUCCAAAGAAUCGAAUGAAAUAACGGCAGAAAAUGAACAUGAAGAGUCAAUUGUCAAGGAUUUGGAUGAUGCAUCCGUCAAUGAGGCAAUACCAGCAGCGCAACCAGAGACUGACGAGAAACAACACCAUGAAGGAGAUCAUACUUCCAUAGAAGAAGAUGGGGACGAGGACGAGGAAGAGGAAGAAGAGGAAGAGCCACCUACUUUAAAAUAUACUAGAUUGAAUAAAUUACCUGCUAACUUUUUUGUUAAGGACCCAGUCUCCACCAGUACAUUUCAUGAAACAGUAUUUAUAUUCGCCACACAUUCAGGUAUUAUUCAUAUUUGUAAACCCAAUUUUGAAACAAUAAGAACAUUCAAAGCUCAUAGGGCGUCCGUGCUAUCAGUUUUCACAGAUGGUACAUACUUUGCCACUGCGUCGAUGGAUGGAACAGUUGUGAUAGGAUCAAUAUUAGACGAAAAGGAUAUCGUGGCCUAUGAUUUUCAAAGACCUGUACACGCUGUUAUAUUGGAUAGCAACUAUUAUAAAACACGAAGUUUUAUUAGUGGAGGUAUGGCUGGCCAGGUGAUUUAUUCUAGCAAGGGUUGGUUGGGGAAACGAUCAGAUUUUGUUUUGGAACAGGGUCAUGGUCCAAUUGUGUCCAUCCAAUUGAUUGAUGACUUGGUUAUAUGGAUGAAUGAUAAGGGGAUUAGUGUGUUUCAUUUAGCCACAAGACAAAUUAUAUCUGUAUUGGAAAAACCUGAAGAUUCUCCUCGAAGUGACUUAUAUUGGCCCCGAAUUGCGUUUCCUGACCCAGAUAGAUUGAUCAUUGGAUGGAGCAAUUAUAUAUGGUCUCUUCGAGUGUCAUUGAAGACGGCCCAGGAUGAAAAAGAGGGAACACCAAUCUCAUCUGGAAUGAGUAAGAUCUUACCCUCGACUGCAAGUAUUUCAUUUAGGGCCGUUCAAGAGAAAAAAGUGGAAGUUGAACAUAUUUUCAAAUUAGACAGUUUAAUAUCAGGAAUUGCAAGUUUCAAAGAUGACUUGUGGAUGGUAUUGGCGUAUACGCCCCCAGAAGCUGAUGCUGAGACUGGCAAAAAAACAUUUUUCAAUCCUGACUUGAAGUUAAUUAACUCUACUACGGGGGAGGUAGAGCUUGAAGAGGAAUUGGGGUUAAAGGAAAUUGCCAACUUAGGGUUGAAUGAUUUUAUGUUGGGGACACACAUUGAGACAAUACCUAAAUACUACAUUAUUAGUGCUAAAGAUGGAGUCAUAGCUGAAGAAUUUCAAAUUAGUGAUCGUCUUGAAUGGUAUUUGGAUAGAAAAAAUUAUUUGCAAGCAUGGGAAAUCAGCCAGCAUUUAGUGACACCGACAAAAAGAUUGAGCUAUGGGAUACUUUAUGUGGAUCUGUUAAUUGAAGAAGAUAAUUGGGAGGAAGCUGCUACAUUUUUGCAACGUUUAUUGGUAAUCAAAAGAGACCCGAAUGAAAUCAAAAGUAUAACACAAAUCAGUACAGAAUCAAACGAAGAAGAUUUGGACAAGGAAAUUUUGGAUUAUUGGGAAACAUGGUCAACUAUAUUCAUCAACAGUAAUCACGUGCAAGAAUUGACGAAUAUAAUACCAAAUGUUACAGGGUUGUUACCAACAAGUAUAUAUGAUACAAUUUUAAGGUUUUGGUUAAAAAAAGACGCUAGCCGAUUUAAAACAUUGAUUGAAUUAUGGGAUCCUCUGUUGUACAAUAUUUCUGAUAUUGCUUCGGAACUAGAGCUAGAAGCUAAAGAAAAUGAAACACUUGAACGUUCACUUGUGACAUUAUAUGACAAAUCUCACAAUCCAUCAAAAGCUGUACCACAUUUAAUACAUUUGAGGGAUCCUAAUAUAAUUGGAUACUUAUCUACUAAUCAUAUUUUGGUCCCCUUUGUAUCAGAAUUACCUGUGAUGAUAGACUUGAUGUUUGACAAGGGAGAUUUAAAAACGCUACCAGUAUCAAAAAUUGAAAAGCGAUUGCAAGGCGUAAUUUCUAUUCUUGUAGAUCACAGAUUAGAAAUACCUGCUAAACAAAUUGUGAAUUUAUUUUAUGAAUCUGGCUUGUCAUUUGUCAGCUUUUUCUACUUGGAAAAGUUAGCUGAUAUUGAUAAUUUUUUGGUUCAAGGUUUUGGCAAUGAACGUGUUAAACUAUAUGCUGAUUACAAACGAGAAAAAUUGUUACCGUAUUUGACAAAGAACGAUGAUUAUGACAUAGAUACAGCAAUUACGAUCUGCGAGACGAACGACUACACCAAAGAGUUAGUAUACUUGUUGGGGAAGAUUGGUGAGAACAAACAGGCUUUGACAUUAGUGAUAAAUAAACUUGAGGAUCCUGUUAUGGCCAUAGAGUUUGCUAAGCAUCAGAAUGAUAAAGAGACGUGGGAUAUUUUACUUGACCAAUCCAUGUCAAAACCAAAAUUCAUCAAGGCACUUAUCGAAAGUUCAGAUGAAUCAUCAAAUGCAUUUUAUGAUCCAAUAACUAUAUUACAGAGAAUGCCACAGGAUUUCAAAAUUGAAGGAUUGAAUGAAUCUGUUAUUGAAUUUUCUAAAAAUAACGAUUUAAACAUGCUAUUGAAUCAAAUAAUUUUGAAGAUUAUAUAUAAGCAAUCACAAGAGACAUCAGAAGAAUUCAAAUCACAAAAAUUACGAGGAUUUGAGGUUGAAAUAGAUAAAAAAAUCAAAAAGAUGAUACAGCAAUUUCAAACAAUUGUGGCUUUUGUUCGAGAUGACAAUGUGAAAGGUGGUCCGAAAGUGGUUGACAUUAAAUUAGAGUCUGACCUCACAAGCGAUUAUUCAAUGGUACCAUACAGAGAUUUGGCGCAUAAGUUAGAUCACUUGAGAGAAAUAGAGGAGAAUUAUUUCUGA